UAAAACAGUUUAUAAUUAAAUAUUAGUCAAACAAAAAUAUUUAUAUAAAGAUAUUUUCUAAACUAUUUCUAAUAUAUGAGUGUUUUAAAACUUUUAACACAAUAAUAAUUACAUAGUUUGAUGAACGCUUUUUGACAUAUAUAAAUAAUUUGAUGUUUGAUUUAACUAUUUUAAAAUCAUAAAUAAUAACUUAACUUGUGACUGAGUUCAAAACAAGGUUUCUUGCUUUUAAUUUAAAUCAGUUUAAGUUUAAUCCGUGAAACACUAUAGCUUCAGUUGGUCACCACUAGAAAAAUGAAAAAAAUAAACAAAAUAAAAAAUAAAAUUUCAUUUGAAGAAUUGAAAAAAUAUAGAAAUAUGAAUUUUUGUUCAAUUUAUUCCUUAUCAAAAUUGCAUAGAGAAAUUUUUUCUUAUAAAUUCAUUCUUCCAUGGGAAAUUUAGAAUAAAAAAGUGGGAUCUACCUUUCAAUAAUUUGACUAAAAUUUCAACAUAACUGGUAUAAAUUUUGAGGAACAAAGAAUUCACCAUAAUUUUUUUCUUUCACCAUGUUCACCAGUUAGAGUUUUAUAAUGCCGAUUUUUGGAUUAAUAAGACAUAAAAUAAUAAAUAUUCGUAAGAUGAUUAUGCCCGCAUGUGCGGGUAAAACACCUAGUUGAAAGUAUUUUACAAACUGUUUUGCACUGCUGAAUAGUUUUUGAAAUUUGGAAAAGCAAACUCAAACAAAAAUACUAACACAUUUAAUCAGUUAUUGAACUAAAAUAUAUUGUAAAACCUUGAUUUACGCAUGUCUUGCAAAAAAAAUAAAGAAGCAAAAACAGAGCAUAUGCUUGAUCUUCUUCUCAUUCAUUGCUUUAUAACACCAAAGAAAGUAGCUUUAUCUGUGCUACUUGAUGACCCCAUAUCCAUGACUCACCCAUUACCACAAAGCUCCUCAAGUCACAACAGAGCUUUUGUGUUUUAACUGCCACUUGUCUCUUUGUCUUCCCCUUUAAAUAACCAUCUUACCACACAGGUUUCAUCAUCACCAUCACUCACAAUCUCUCAAGAUUAAGAUUCAAGAUUCAAGAUCACUACUCAAUCCUCCAAGAUGACAUUGAGCACAGUCCACCAGCAAAUUCUUGCAUUACCAGCAGUCAAGACUGCUCCUGGAGGUUCCUUGCCUGAUCCAGCUUCCAUAAACAAGCUUCAAAUCCCAUCUCCUUCCAAGAAGUCUGAACAAAGCAAGAAAAAAUCGAUUCUCCGAACCAAUAGCUUCACCAAUGGAACUAAAGAUCAAAGCAAUUUAGGACCUAAGCUAACUGAAACAGUCAAGAGAAAGCUAUCUCUAGGAGCUAAGAUAAUUCAAAUGGGAAGCUUAGAGAAGAUCUACAAGAGGCUCUUUAGAGUCCACGACGAAGAGAAACUCUUCAAGGCCUACCAAUGUUACCUAUCAACAACCGCAGGUCCUAUCGCAGGCUUACUCUUCAUCUCAUCAAAGAAGAUUGCUUUCUGCAGCGAGAGAUCUAUCAAAGUGGCUUCUCCUCAGGGAGAUCUCACCAGGGUUCACUACAAAGUGUCAAUCCCUCUGUGCAAGAUCAAGGGAGUGAAUCAGAGUAUGAACACAAAGAAGCCAUCUCAGAAGUACCUUGAAGUAGUCACGGUCGACGGCUUCGACUUCUGGUUCAUGGGGUUCUUGAGCUACCAGAAAGCUUUCAAUUGUCUCGAGCAGGCGCUAAACAAUAAUUAGGAGAGAGCCUUAGAAAGAGACAGACAUUAUAUUGUACAAACACACAUUGUUUUCAAGAGGUGAAUAUAUAUUUUAGCUGAUCCUA